AUGACCCUUCCGGCUAUUUGCUCACCUCGCUUUGCCCGCCUCCUGCUUUCUGGGAGUGGGCAAAUGCCCACUCUCAACCUGGGAAAGGCAUUGAAUGUCCGCCCCAAGGAAGAGAAGAAGCCGAUCUACUUCCCCGGCAUGACGCCUCUGGCUCGUCCAUGGCGCCUUGCUCCAUGGAGACGGGCCCCUGGUGAGGGCUUGCAGAAGGAUGCUCCCGUUUCUGAAGCCAAGCGGGCUUCGCAGUCGGCUCCUCAGUUGCGUGUCGAGGAACCUUCGCAGGUUUCUCACUCAGGCCUGACGACCGCGUUCCCUCCCCCCCCCGUUCCCAUCCUGAAGCGUGCCGGCGACUCGGUGAAGCGUCAUGAUCGCCACGUUUCCUUUGGCGACGUUUCCGUGAAAGAGUACGUGCCGUUCGUCGAGGCUGUCUUCUCUCCUGCCCUGCCCGUUGCCCCUGCCCUGCCUGCCCCCAUCCUCAAGCGCGCCGGUGACUCAGUGAAGCGCCAUGAUCGCCAUGUUUCAUUUGGAAACGUGGUUGUGAGCGAAUAUGUGCCGUUCACCCAGCCUGCUUGCCCCCGUACACUGCCCACUUCUUGCGUUCUGCCCUUCCCCAUCCUGGAACCCUCCGGCGACCCAGUGAAGCGUGAUGAUCACCACAUCUCCGAAAAAGAUGUACCUGUGAACGAGCAUGUGUUCCCCCCUCCCCGAUGGGCAUUCUUCCCUCCUCGGCGCCUUGAGCCUCCUCAUCUUCCCUCGCCUCCACGUCCAGUGGAGGACGCAAUGGACAACGAUUGCCGGCCACGUGUGGAUGUCUCCGUUCCUGGCUCCUCUUUGAAGGACUGGGCUGUUGGCACCGCUUGUUGCGUAGCCUUCGUGGGGAUUGUGAUGUGGCUCAGUUGA